UUAUUUCUAUCUAUGUAUGUGCAUUGUGCAGUGUGCACUGUCUUUUGCAUAUAACGUAAUAUUUCAUAUAAUUAAUAAUAUCGCUUUUGUACUCGACGAUUAAAAUUGUAAAAAAAAAAUUACAUGCGUAAAAUUUAACAUAAAUUGAUAAUUGUACAUAGGUAUUAGCAGUUUAUCAGUAAUAAUAAAAAUAUUCUUCUAACCUCAAAACUUGAUGAUGGCAACACACGAAACUGGCGUGAGAUUAUUCAAAGAGCUUUAUGAAUUAAAUGAUAACAAUACAUCAAAUCUUCAAAUUGAAGUAUGUACAUCUGGACCAGUUCCCAAUGCUGCUGCUAUUGAGCUCGAUAUGAAAGUCGCCUGUGAUAAUGCCAAUCAAAAACCACACGUUGUUACAUGGGUCUUAAGCAGUGCAACUUAUGAUCGAAGAGAGAAAGAAGCUCAAAAACUUGGGAUCAAGCUUAAUAAAAGAUUCAUCAAGGCCAGCCGCUUGAUUGCCAAUGCACGUAUCUCCAGAGAGAGAGAAUCAAUUUUGAUGAAAGAUGACAGACUUUACGACUUUUUUUGUACUAUUGAUUUAUAUAAAUUGAAAAUUAGUUCAAUACGGGCUGUUGCUGAUCCACUUUAAAUCGAGCAAAAUAUCAUUAAAAAUAUGUACAAAUAUCUACGUGUACCUCUUAUAAUAAUUAUUUAAUUGAAAAUAUCGUAAAUUAUUAUUACAUGUACUUCUAUUUUUUGAUGUUUAUUCAAUAUUAAAAAUAAAACAAAAAAAUAUAUAAUGAUAAA